UUUCAAGGUACCCAAAAUGUAAUAAAUGCAUGUAAAGAAGAAGGGGUUGAAAACUUGAUAUACUGCGGAAGUAUCUCGUCCUUUUUCGAUGGGCACGAGGUAUUAGAAGGAACAGAAGAAACUGUACCAAUUGCGAAAAACCCGCUAAGUGAAUACGCUGUAUCAAAAAAAGUUGCAUUAGAAAUAGUAAUUAAGGAAAAUGGAUGUGUUUUAGAAAACGGAAAAUUUUUCCAGACAGCAGCUGUAUUACCUACAUCUAUGUACGGAGAAGAAGACCUGAGGCGAUUAGAAGUGGCAUCGUUCUACAAAGAAGGAAAUGUGUCUAGGGUAAUCGGGAAAACAACAGCGUUGUUACCUCUUGUUUACGUAGGCAAUGUGGCAAUGAUGUUUGUAAAGAUCUACGAAAGGAUGGGGAAAGAUACGGGUAUUGGUGGCCAUUACUUUUUCACUGCUGACGACACUCCCCCUCAAACUGCUUUUGAGUCUGGGCACAUUUACACACCGAAAGAAAAUGUCAAGAUAACUUUGUCCUGGUGGUAUAUACCAAUGUUUGUAACCAUGGCAAUAGUUACAUUGUUGUAUUACAUUUUCUUACCAAUAAGACCAUUUUAUAAAGUUGAUUUGCCAAUAUCGAACUGGAUUAUUUUACAUAUGAAUAAAACUUGUCUCUACAAGAAUGAUAAAGCUAAGAAAAUGCUCGGAUAUGAACCGUUAUAUGACUAUGAAACUGCACUGAAGAAUACUAAGGCGUUUUUUGGUACUGUCAGACAAACAUGAAUAAUUGUAUAUUUUAUGUAACAUAAAUAAUAUAAAAUUUUAUCGUUUUCUCAUCAUACACUCAUUUAGAGUGGGUUUGCAAUUGAUAUUUAAUAAACUAAUUUAUUAUUACCGUCUAUUUUAAAUACAGUUUGUGGAACAUAAAAUAACGAGACGCGCUUAAUGUAACUGCAUUUUCUGUCUGCACUAGUCCUUUGCGUUUUAUGUAAAAAUUGGGUUGCUUUUAAUUCAAAUAUACUAGUAGAUAGAUGUAACAGACAAAUUCUAUUUAUAAAAAAGAUAUCUGACACAUUUAGAUUGGAACAAACUGUAAAAAAUAGUUGGAUAGGGCUUGACUUUAGAUUGACACGAAUAGUAAAAUACAUAUGCAUGAAGUACAAAAGAUGUGAAAUACUCUGUACCUAGUAUCUAACAGCACUUGCAAUUACUGAAAGUAGUACACUUUCAACAAAUUUAAAAUUUCGUGUUAAGACGCCAUAUAUAAACAGUCUCAAAAAUCUUCUAAAGUGUAAGUAUAAUCUAAAAUCUUAAAUUUAAAACAAGUGUGGAAAAUGACUAGUGAGUGUAGUAUGUUUUUAUGUUUGACAGUUGUUUCAGAAAUUUAAAGAGUUAAAAAUCUCUCGUCAUAUUAGUGUACUUUACUUUAGGUUUAAAUGUACCAAAUUGUUUAUACAUAAUUAACCCAUACAGUUUUUAAUAUGAUUCGUUCAAUUGAUAGAGAAAUAAGUGCGUGUUUACUCGUUCAGAUGGAAGCUUAUAAUAAAAACUAUCUCAAGGUCUUUUAACAGUUAUAUUGAUGUCGACAGACAUAAUUGUAAACAAUUAAAUGAGCACGCAUAAAAAACAAACUAAAAACAGAGUGUAGAGGUAACAAUAGCAAUUGAAUUUAAAUAUUAAAAGGGAAAUCUGAACCACAAUCAGUGGGUCGGUUCAUUUUUAUUUAAAUGGUCUCAUAUAAAUGCAAUUUGAAAUAAGUUACAUUUGCAUAAUCAGUUGUCAAUAUUAUACAAAAUAAAAACUAUUUUGUUGACGAUACGACUUAUAUUAAUUUGCUGUUCAUUUUUUAAAAGUUGCGACACCGCAAACUUAUUUAAUCUGCAAUAUUCUGUAGUUUUUGGCAGCAUGCCACAU